AUGGCAUCAGCCCCUGGCUCCCAGGAGCAGGAAGGGCUUUUGAUAGUGAAACUGGAGGAAGACUCCGCUUGGAGCCAGGAGCUGCCUACACCCGACCGAGACUCCUGUCUACAGUCCGCUCACCUGCGCUUCCGACAGUUCCGCUUCCAAGAGGCCGCUGGUCCCCGAGAAGCCCUCGGCCGGCUCCAGGAGCUCUGCCAUGAGUGGCUGCAGCCCGAGUUGCGCACCAAAGAGCAGAUUCUGGAGCUGCUGGUGCUGGAGCAGUUCCUGAACAUUCUGCCCCCGGAGAUCCAGAGCAAGGUGCAGGAGCUGCAUCCAGAGAACAGUGAAAAAGCCGUCACGCUUGUAGAGGAUGUGCAGAGAGAGAUGGGGAGACUAAGGCAGCAGGUCACAAACCAUGGGCGGGGAACAGCAGUGCUUUUGGAGGAGCCUUUGCCUCUGGAAUCUGUCCGAGAGUCGCCGAGCUUCAAGCUGGAGCCCAUGGAGACUGAGCGAAGCCCUGGCCCCAGGCUGCAGGAGCUGCUAGGCCCUAGCCCCCAAAGGGACCCCCAGGCUGUAAAGGAGAGGGCAUUGUCUGCUCCCUGGCUUUCUCUCUUUCCUCCUGAAGGGAACACAGAAGACAAGGAAGUGACCGGGCCCCAGUUGCCAGAGAGCUUAGAGGACGUGGCUAUGUACAUCUCUCAGGAAGAGUGGGGACAUCAGGAGCCUAAUAAGAGGACCCUUGCCAGGGACACAGGACAGGAAAAUUAUGAAAACAUGGACUUACUGGAGUCUCCUGUUCUCCAUCAGGAGGCCUCGAGCACCCAGGUGGAACAAGGUGGAAAACAAUGGGAUCCUAGGGUCCAUGCUUGCAAGAUGGCCCCAAGCCCCAGAAGCCCAGCUUCAGGGGAAGAGAAGUUUGUGAACCAGGAGGAUACCACAGAGAACCACCCUGACAACACACACCCACAGGAGCUGCCUGGCCAGGCCAGAGGGGAGGUGCCCUGGAGUCCUGCACAGGGACAACCUCAUGACAGGUCAGAAGGGCACUGGGACCUUCCUGCAGAGAAUCACAUGCAGCAGUCCUCUGGUAGGACCAACAACUGCAGAGAACUAGGCCAACCAAAAGAACCACCCCCAAAGAAACUCCAUUUAUGCCCCUUGUGUGGCAAGAAUUUCUCUAACAACUCAAACCUAAUUAGGCACCAGAGAAUACAUGCAGCAGAAAGACUGUGCAUGGGGGUAGAGUGCAGCGACAUCUUUGGGGGAAACCCACGUUUUCUAUCACUACACAGAGCACACUUGGGCGAGGAGGCCCAUAAGUGCCUGGAAUGUGGGAAAAGCUUCAGUCAGAACACCCACCUCACUCGCCAUCAGCGCACACACACGGGCGAAAAGCCCUAUCAGUGUAAUGUAUGUGGAAAAAGCUUCUCUUGUAACUCCAACCUCCACCGACACCAGAGAACACACACAGGUGAAAAGCCCUACAAGUGUCCUGAGUGCGGGGAGAUCUUUGCUCACAGUUCCAACCUUCUCAGGCACCAGAGAAUUCACACAGGAGAGAGGCCCUAUAAGUGUUCGGAGUGUGGGAAAAGUUUCUCCCGUAGCUCACACCUUGUCAUCCAUGAACGAACUCAUGAAAGAGAGAGACUUUACCCCUUCUCUGAGUGCAGAGAAGCAGUGAAUGCUUGCACCCCAUUCCUUCCCAGUCACGGAGCCCCCAAAGCAGACAAGAAGCUCUUUGAAUGUUUGACUUGUGGGAAAAGCUUUGGGCAGGGUAUGCAUCUCACCAGACAUCAGAGAACGCACACGGGAGAGAAACCAUAUAAAUGUACCCUUUGUGGGGAAAACUUCUCUCACAGAUCCAACUUAAUCAGGCACCAGAGAAUCCACACAGGAGAAAAACCAUACACCUGUCAGGAGUGUGGAGACCGCUUCUCCCACAGCUCCAAUCGGAUUCGUCACUUGAGAACCCACACAGGAGAGAGACCCUAUAAAUGUUCUGAAUGUGGAGAAAGCUUUUCUCGGAGUUCACGCCUUAUGAGCCAUCAAAGGACUCACACUGGAUAG